CCAAGUGUUUGUGUGUGUGCGUGUGUGCGUUGGGUCAGCCCGCACACAGCUGAGGGAAAACUAGCUUAGCUGAGACAAAAAAGAGCAAAAAAUGGCCGGUGGGAGCUCCCUGGAAGCUGUUAAGAAGAAAAUCAAGUCGUUGCAGGAGCAGGCCGAUGUGGCGGAGGAACGGGCAGCGUUACUACAGCGGGAACUGAACCUGGAGCGGAGCGCGAGGGAAGCAGCUGAGGGUGAUGUAGCUUCCCUGAACAGACGUAUCCAACUGGUUGAGGAGGAGUUGGACCGUGCUCAGGAGCGUCUGGCCACAGCUCUGACCAAGCUGGAGGAGGCUGAGAAGGCUGCUGAUGAGAGUGAAAGAGGCAUGAAGGUCAUUGAGAACAGGGCAAUGAAGGACGAGGAGAAGAUGGAGCUGCAGGAGAUCCAGCUGAAGGAGGCCAAACACAUUGCUGAGGAGGCUGACCGCAAAUACGAGGAGGUGGCCCGUAAGCUGGUGAUCAUUGAGAGUGACCUGGAACGUACAGAGGAGCGUGCUGAGCUGUCUGAGAGCAAAUGCUCUGAGCUUGAGGAGGAGCUGAAAACCGUGCAGAACAACCUGAAGUCUCUGGAGGCUCAGGCAGAGAAGUACUCACAGAAGGAGGACAAGUACGAGGAGGAGAUCAAGGUUCUCACAGACAAGCUGAAGGAGGCUGAGACCCGUGCUGAGUUUGCUGAGAGAUCAGUCGCCAAGCUUGAGAAGACCAUUGAUGACCUUGAGGACCAUCUUUACAAGCAGCUUGAGAAAAACCGUCUUCUGACCAAUGAACUGAGAGUAGCCUUAAAUGAGGCGUAAACUGGGACGGGCACUAGUAUGCUUUUAAUUUUUCUGAAACUCAAAUGUCCAGGCAUAUCGUCUGUUGCUGUUAUACAAAAAAGAGCAUAGACAAUUAUGUCCACGGCACAGAACUUAAUCCAAGCAAUGCUUUCAACAAAUGGGACUAAAGAUCAACGAUUUUCACAUUAUGCAUGCUCAAACAGCAGUUUCAGAGGUCAGACAACCUCAGGUUAUCAGCAGUCACAGUUUGGAUUUGAUAUGUUUUCUCAGUUAUCGUCAGGGCUGUUGCACAUGAGUCCAGUGGAAAUCUGGAUGGUGCUGUUGUUCAUGGGGUAAAGGCUGGUGAUGACUCUUGAUGCCCAUAGCUAGGGAAGGCUUGAAACUCUUCAAGGGGUCUAGAAUUCCUUCUGCAUCCCUUCUUUAAAAAGAAGGUGAAGUUAAGCUUUCAACAGAAAUGAUUAAGUACCAGCUGAAAAGAGAUGUAAAGUGCUCAGAUAUACCAACAACCAAACUACCCAUCAUUUUGGUUUUACUGCAAGUUUGACUUGCUCUGGUUUGUUGAAGUUGCACUGAGUUACUUUUUGUCCGUAUAGUAGCAUUUAAUCAGGACACCCGGUUUAGUGUUUAGACCAGGUUUUGCAUGAAUACAUUUGAUUUUGGAAAUGUGGUUCUGAACCCUGUGAUGCCCUAAAGCAUAUCUGAAUAAGCUUUGACAGACUCCCUGAUCUUACAAACUCACCCUAGCAGAGCGUUAGAUAUAAUAUUUGAAGGAGCAUAAACACUUGAAACAAACACUCAUCCUGAAUUCACUUUAGUCUAAAUAACAACACAGGUGACGGAUGAAAAUGGGCCUUUUGGAUAUCUCAUAUUUUACUCAAAUGUAAUCAAUAUACAUUGUCCCUGAAAAAUAAAUGGAUAAACUAAAUUAAUCUUAGAUGAGGGAGUAUAAUUUGGUGUGUAGCUGCAAGGAUGGACUGCUGACCAUUGGUGCAUGUAGAGAGAAUUGUGAGAGAAUCACCAUAUGUGUUUCUAUUGGCUGACUAAUUGUUGGAGGUAAGUUGUGGCUGGAAAUCACAUGGAACAAGUUCCCAUGACAUUACAGAGCUGCCAGUCUGAACCACUGCAAGAUUAACUAACACUAACAGUGUAACUAAAGCUUUAGAAUACACAUAAAACAAAGGGGGAGAAUUUUCAGUAGAGAAACAACAAACACUUGCUUUGGAUCAUUUUUUAGUUCUAAACGCAGCCAAUGAAGUCAUGACCACAGCCCUGUCUAUAGCUUGAGUAUAAUAUUUACAAUAUGCUUUAAAGACAUAUCAAAUUAGAAGUUGAAUUUGUGGAAUUGGCCCUGAGUAUUGGAAUUGAUUUGCUUAAUGAAUGCUAAUUUCUGUUUGGGGAAAAAAAAAUUACAGAGCUGAAAUUUCUGACACUCGUGAGAUUUGCAACAAUACCCAGCAAAUGUCUAACACUGUUUAUUAACCUGGACUAGAGCUUUGUCUGUUUAUAUUCUGUGCAUCUUUGUGCUGUUGGUUUUAUGAUUUUUUUUUUUUUUUUAACUG